GUAUAUCACAACACUACUGUGCCUAAGUCCAACCUCAACGCAACACCUACCCAGCCUCGCUUCGCCUUCAACGCGAUACUGAACCCUUAACAACAUGUCGGCCGACUGGAAGAACCCGUGCUGGAAUGUUAUCGCCGAGCCUGGUGGCCUGGCCAUUUGCGUGACCUCGUGGUGUGUGCCUUGCUUCACGUACGGCAUGAACCUUCGCCACCUCGGCGAUGCACCUGAGGGCGCCAACGUCUUCUGCGCCGGCGACAUGAGCAAGGCUUGCUGUCUGUACUGCUGCGCGACCAUGGUCGGCUGCGGCUGCGCGGUGCACAUCCCUGCCCGCCAGUACAUCCGCAAGAAGUACAACAUUUCGGAGCCAACGCACGGCAUCCUCGAGGACGUGUUCCUGACCUGGUGCUGCCCCUGCUGCACCGUCACGCAAGAGUACAACGAGAUCAUGUCGCGCAACGGCGGCGCGGGCGGUAAGCCGGCGGUAGUCGGAAAGGCCGGCAACGCCCUGGCUGACGACGCCAAGAAGGCCGCCAACACCGCCGUGGUCGGCGCCAAGCAGGCGGUGGACAACGCCGCGGGCAGCGCGGAGAAGAAGGAGGAGAAGGACGAGAAGAAGGAGGAGCCCAAGGAGGAGAAGAAGGAGGCCGAGGCCGAGGCCAAGACGGAGAAGAAGGAUGAGGCCGUCGCUGAGGUCAACAAGGAGAAGAAGGAGGAGGCCGUCGCUGGGGAGAAGAAGGACGAGGCCAAGGCGGAGUAAGCUGUGCUUGAGCGGGAGCGCACGCGGUGAUACAAUGCCUUGGACUGCCCUGUUAGACUCCAACGUUUUCCUCAAGUAGCUGAGAGCUGGUUCCUGUGAGCGGAGCAGAAAUAAAUAACAAGAGGGGUGUUCGAAUUCUCCUUGGUCCUUGUGGGGUGGUCUGGUGUGUGUCGUCCGCUCGCGGAUGGUUGCAUACUGCUUGGCUACGCUUGAUCUGACGUUGGAUACUACUGAGAGAUGGGUGAGCAGCUAGGAGCCCAGCCGGGGGCUCUUGACUUGCGCGGAUCGAAGUUGGUGACUGUGUGGGUUCGUAGGCUAGGACAUACGUGUUCACAUUCUUUCCAAAUAACUGCAUCGCAGACGGUUGCGCAAUAUUAGGAUGCUGGUGGUCACCAGCACACCGCCACAGAGAGCAUGGGAACCGUUCAGUUACUCUGUUGGUGCUGUCGGACUGAUGUCAGCUAGCGCUUCGCGAAGGCCUUGAGCUGUAAGGGCAAGUGGUGUCUGACUUUGCACUGCACAAGAUUGUUAGCUUGACCCGUCUAAAUGCUCUCAGCACUACAUGGAGUCAAGGAAAGGCCUUGACACGCACCGGUAUCACCCUGCCAGGGUGUGCGCAGGCUGUAGAACGUACUACCCCAUAAAUCCAUAAUGCCAGCAUAAGCGUCACACGCACUCACGCAGUGGCGCAAACGUGGUCCUGUCCCCACGCCGGCAGACCCGCAUUCGUCAGCACCUCCACUGCGUUAUUGUUUCUUCCCAACUUCGAACACCGGCCUCGGGGACCUGGGGGAGCGGACUGUACAACGGGCUGCACGACGGCUGCUGCUGCGCCCGGUUAAGGCCGACAGUGCGGAUAGUGCCAUGUAAGCUCAUGUGAGGCAUCCCAUAAACACUGACUUAGCGGGAUUGCGCGCCUCAUUGCGGCCUGCCCCACACCCCAUGCAUGACGGUGCGAUGGCCUACCCUGUAAGGAGUGCACAGGGCCUGGUGCCAGGGUGUGUGCCGUGCCCGUGCCCCUCCCCUCUGCCCUUGCAUGUACCACACAAGAAGCUGGCAGCCUGACACGAGGCAUACCGGCAUACCAUGAGCUUACGGCACUCUUACGGCCCGUGAGAAAGGCAUGUGCACCCUAGUUGGCCCGUGCUGAUUCCCUGAACCCUUGGCGGCGCCAGCAUGGACCCACGCAGCUAUCCUGGCAACCCUUCAGGUAUCACUGCUACCCACUACCAGAGCCAGAGCUCUUAGGUCAGCUGCGUGCACUUAUCCUUCUGCGCAGCGGACGGGGCGUGCAUAAUCAAGCACUCCAGCAUGAAGACGACAUUGCUAAAAGGGCAGUCGCUCUACCCGCCUCAGCCGUGGCCUCAGCACGUCUUGACGCCCCAGCUAAACAAUCCCUCACCCCGGACCCCGCCGGGGCCGCGUUCACCGGUCCACGCUUGCGACUGCCAACCUGUAAGAGCCACCUGAA